CGGAUAUGCGACGAAGGCGUUAUGAGUUGGGAUAAAAAUGAUCAUUCUUUGAAGGCGUCAGCCGUCAGUGAGCGAGGACAUCCUAGAGUGGACAACACAAAGGAGGACACUUAAUAGUAUGCUAGGCGGAUUAUCUAAGGAGUGCCCUGUGUUCUUCAUAGUGGCAUUUCUUUCUCAACUUCAGGUACUUCUGGCCAGCCAAGUAUCACUGAAUCAAAUACGACAGACUCACGACCAACUCUCAAAAUAUGCUACCAAAAACUUUCAAAUCCCGCCUCUGGAAGAUUCCAACACUCAAAAUUCGCCUCCAGAUCACGAUGAGAAGAUCAACUUUGAGGUACGGGAGCCUAAAAACGAACAUAGAAGUGAAGACAGUGAUAUUAAACAUGAUUUUAUCGGCCCAGUGGAUGGACAGAUUCGUAAGAAAAGAACUACUUCGGGGUGUCCCGAUCCGACCCGCGAUACUUUACAUUCAAUCCUUGGUCAGUCAUUCAAUCCCAGCAUUAUGGUCGAUAGAAGGAGCGACCUUCCAACGGGAACACUGCCCCCCACGGAAUACCGCCCUUACUCGAAUAAUCCAAAGAGGUCCUCAAGGAAAAAUCUUCUGCUCGACUUGGCCCAUAAUUUAGGACGUUCAAAACGCUCCCGUCGGGGUCAAACAGACCCAUUCUCGGCAGCUCUUCCAUUGCCAUGGGAGUGCGAGUCUUUGGAAGUCUGGCGAGAUUUGGGAACUGAUUAUUACCCACGUUAUAUUCGAGAAUAUGAAUGUAUGUCCAAUCAAAACUGUUGGUAUGGACAUUAUAAAUGUAAGCCUAAGUACUACAAGGCGAAGGUGUUACGUCGCAACACGGAAAGAUGUGCCCCAGAUAUGUCUCUUCCAGCUGAAAUAAGGAACAAUUGGUUGCUCAGGGAUAUCGGUAUCGCCAUCUAUUGUGAAUGCGGCAGAUGAACACGUUACCAUGCUUUAACGCUUAUACAUUCUAUAAGGGUGGACCAAUAAAACUCUUGAAACCACAUGUUUUUCCUGUUUAAUUUCAAC